AACUUCAGCGGGAUCAGACGUGGGACGAUUAGCGCGCGUUUUAGGGGCUGAAGAUCAACUGAGUCACCGUCGCUCCCAGCGGCGCGCCUGGAGACGCCAGCUGGUUUAUUAUGGGAAACCGCGCUCCACCAUUCACCGGACUUUUCCUUGAUUGCGAGGGUCGUCCUUAUCCCUGCAUCUGGUUGAAGGUCGUCCCCUGAUACUGAUCCGGAUAUCCUUCAGAUCUGUGUGUGUGUGUAUGUGUGUGUGUGUGUGUGUGUGUGUGUGUGUGUGUGUGUGUGUGUGUGUGUGUGUGUGUGUGUGUGUGUGUGUGUGUGUGUGUGUGUGUAAAAAAUGUGCUUUCUAGUUUUCUUGUUCGCCAAACGAACUGUGAAUAACUGGAGCAGCUCCGUUUCGCACUCUAGACGCUCACCAGGUUUUCUGAUAUCCUUUUUCCUGUAUGCAUUCAUUUCCUGGAGAAAAAAUUGCAAAAUAUACUUUAGAAAAGAUAUAUUUAUAAAGGACUUCCAUGGAGAUACUAUCAGGAGGAUAUGAAAGAUUUUCCUUAAUUUCUAUCUAAUUUCACAAUUAUAUUUUAAGCAUUUUGGUCUCUGUGUUAGUGUAAUACCCCAGAUGGACGCCUUGUGUAAUGGAGCCAAGAAACCCGAGGGCUGUGAUCCCCUUGUAGACCCCCGGCCGCCUCCUGCCAAGCUGGCUCGACUGGAACAAAACGGAGCGGGACCCUCGACCCAGGAGAGGAGCAGUCAGGGGAGUCCUGUGGCCAAACCCCCCUGUCUGACCCAGAAACCCACCGCAGCGAGGCCUCAGAGCAAGAGCUUGCACGGCAAAGCGAGCCUGCUGCCCGUGUUCUGUGUGGUGGAGCACAAGGAAAGUCCCCCGGAGGGAGAGAGGAGAGAAGAACACGCUGAGUUUGUGCUGGUCAAGAGAGAUCUGCUGUUUAACCAGCUGAUAGAGAUGGCCCUGCUGACACUGGGCUAUUCGCACAGCUCCGCUGCACAGGCCAAAGGUCUCAUCCAGGUGGGCAAGUGGAACCCGGUGCCUCUGUCCUGCGUAACAGAUGCUCCAGAUGCCACAGUGGCUGAUAUGCUGCAGGAUGUUCACCACGUCAUCACCCUUAAAAUACAGCUGCGCAGCUGUCCCAAAUUGGAGGACUUGCCUCCUGAGCAGUGGAGUCACUCCACAGUGAGAAAUGCUCUGAAAGAGCUCCUCAAGGACAUGAACCAGAGCUCCCUGGCCAAGGAGUGCCCCCUUUCUCAGAGUAUGAUAUCAUCUAUUGUAAAUAGCACUUACUAUGCAAAUGUCUCAGCUGCCAAGUGUCACGAGUUUGGUCGGUGGUACAAGCACUUCAAGAAGACCAAAUGCUUCAAGGAGAUUGACGGCGCCUCUGACCAGUCCACACACAUCACCCUCACCCAGCAGUUCAUCCCAAGCAGCCCAGCCGAUCAAAGCUCAACCCUCUUUUUUUCUCACGGAGAAGUAUCCAACAUAUGCGGCCGCCCCCCCCUCGGCCUGCGCCCUCCUGGGCUGGUGACCCAGCCCCUCAGCCCCCAGAUGGUCAACCAGCAGCUGGUGAUGGCCCAGUUCCUCAACCAGCAGUACGCUGUCAGCCGGAUGCUAGCUGGCCAGGGUCUCUCGCCGUCCACGCAGCAGUAUCUCAACCACCCGCCCGUGGGAAGGGCUCCCCCCGCCGUGGUCUUCUCCAAAGCCCCCGAUUCCCAAGCCCCGCAGCAGGCGCAGUGCGGCACGGGGGGGGGCACGGCGGCCGGGCCGCCAACCCAGACGUUGGCUGGGUCUUCUGUGGGGCCGACAGACGUGCCAAGUGACAUCUACCACUGUGUGAGGGAGGAACUGAAGAGGGCUGGCAUCUCCCAAGCCAUCUUUGCCCGGGUGGCCUUUAACAGGACCCAGGGCCUGCUGUCAGAGAUUCUGCGGAAGGAGGAGGACCCUAAACACGCGUCGCAGUCGCUGCUGGUCAACCUGCGGGCCAUGUACAGCUUCCUGCAGCUGCCCGAGGUGGAGAGGGAGCGCAUUUACCUGGAGGAGAAGGACAGAAGCCUGACUGGAUUCACAACAAGCUGCAAUAACACCCCACCGAGAUCCACACAGUCGAGACUGUCCCCAGUGACCGGAGACACGGGGGUGAGGGCGGACAGCUGUGUUCUCAAUGUCAGCGCGUCCAUCUACGAGGACAUCCAGCACGAGAUGAAGAGAGCCAAGGUGUCUCAGGCGCUGUUUGCAAAGGUGGCCGCCUCCAAGAGUCAGGGCUGGCUGUGUGAGCUGCUGCGUUGGAGGGAGGAUCCCAACCCAGAGAACCGGACCCUGUGGGAGAAUCUGUGCAUGAUCCGCCGGUUCCUCAGCUUGUCCCAGAUGGAACGAGACGCCAUUUACGAACAGGAGAGCAGCAACACGACAGCACAGCAGCAAUGCGCUGACAGGCUUACACUGCUGAGCAAUGACAAUACACUGUACCAACGCAGCUCUCCGCUGCCACAGCAACACCAUUUUCAACCGCAUCAACCCCUGCACCCAGAGGCAGGACCUCACCUGUCUCCACGGCAACCGUGUGCUGCAUCACCAGCCGAGUCUGAAGCGGGGAGCAACUGGGGCCAAGUGAGAGUGCGUCUGCAGGGCAGGGGCUGUGGUAAUGGGGGGAGAGCGGACAGCAAGGACUGGGUUGAGGGGGGGCAGGGAGAGAGGAGCAGUUUGGGAGGGGAAUGGGGUUCUUCUGGCGCUGUGAGGGACAACAAGGAGCGCGUAAGGGACGGACAGGUGGGCAAAGAAGAGAUGGCCGAGAUGAUGGGAGAAGAGGAGAAGGAGAAGCCCCCCAUGAAGUGGUGCGGUGUGAAGGACGAGGACCGAGGCAGGGUUAGCGAUUUUCCAGAUGCAGAUAAUGAAGUCAAAGGUGCCGAUGAGGUCCAAGAUGAGGGGUUAAAAGUCUCCCGCGAGGCACUGGGGAUCUUGCAGAGCUUCGUUCAGGACGUGGGCCUCGACCCGGACGAGGAAGCCGUGCACACCUUGUCGGCUCAGCUCGGCCUGCCCAAACACACCAUCCGGAGAUUCUUCAACAGCCAGGAUCACGACCGGCAUCCGCACAACAGCCGGAGCCCAAAACUGAGUGGAGACACCCGGCCCGCCUGCACGGACCCAAACCCCUCGCCGAAGGAGGGAGGCGAUAGAAGGACUGAAGCAGAACCAGAGGAGGUGAAACAAUCAGCGAGAGAUGAACCGAGCAACAUUACCGUUUUGAAAGAAUCUGACAUUGGGACGCAAACCAUGUGCCCGAUGAAGGAGGAGCAGGAGAGCUACAUCUGACCCCAAUCCAUGCAGCGGCACGCGAGUACUGACUCACGGUGUCUCUGUGAUUAAUAGGCGGCGGUCCUCAAACGCUGUAGAAAAGACUAAAAGCUGUACUUGCGCAUGUUUAUGCAACAGCUUCGCAGGACGCUGGUGUACUGGUCACCUGCGUGAGGAAGCUCAGACUUGAGACACCACACAACUGUGAUGGUAUGUCCAUGAUGAUGUUGUGACACAUUGUUUCCUUGUAGAUAUAUGUGUGAAUGGUACCCAAAAGAAACAGUCUCAGAUUAGAUAUAACUGUUUAAAAGAAGAGUAAUUACUCUUUGGUUGGUUGACUGAUCUAGAGUUUGAGAAAUGUUCACGCCAGAAAUGCCUUGUGGAAAGGCGCACUGCCAAUCUGUUUGUUUGUGUGUCAUCUUCCAUUGUUCGGGUUUUUUCGUUGUGUUUUGGAUCAGUCAUUUUAAACUGUUACCUUCAGGAAUCUCACUGUUACUGUACCGUAAGUUGUUUUUUUUUAAUUUGUAACAUUGUAAUAAAUAUCCCUGAUUCUGUUUUAAAUAGAACGAUCGUUGGAUUUUAAGAUGAUACGUAUACAGUGUUUGGAAUUAACCGUAGAAAGGGCCUCCUCUGCAUCUUUUACUGCAGCGUGUGAUGAAUCGGUGAAGCAUUGAGUUACCAAACUGAUCAACACAUGGACAUCCAUACGGUUUCUUCUACAAAUGAGUCCAUUUUUAUUCCUAUUUCUCAACUUUAAUCGCAGAGAUCUUAUUUGCUCCUAAACACAUUAUAGUUUACAUACAGUGUUUUUAUUGAUGCAUGAAUCUAUAGCUUUGCUAUUUUAGGGAGUGUUAUGUUGAAACAUCUCGUGGUUUUCAUAUUGUACUUAUUUAAAUGCUACUGAUUUACAUGCUACUGAUUUAUAUGCUACUGAUUUAUAUACUGUUGCAGAAGCACAAAGCGUGCUGUCAGGAGUGCACAAUGUUUAUUGUUCCUUGUUGAAGACGGAUUGUGGACUAGAGGAAUAUGACGCAAGUCGUGCAGCGUGAAAUGUGCAAAUUAAACGACAGGACUUUCAUUUGUACAAACAAAAUGCAAUUUCAUAAUUAUACUGUGUGUUCAUGACUUAAAUAUGUUCACCAACAAUCUGUGUGAAAUAUAUUAAAAUGUUUGGAGAGUCCA